UUUGGAUGUUCGAACUCUUUUAUCUGCAAUCUCUUUUGAUCACUCCCUCUUCUGAUCUACCAGACAGAAUCUAACAAUCACUUAGGUUUGAAGAUUCAUGUGGAUUUUAUGCGUCAUGCUACAAAUCAGUAUCCUAUUGAUUUGAUUAUCCUUGUACGAUUUGGAAUCAUCGAAGCCUAUAUAAGAAGGAAGGCAUACUAACAUUGAGUUAUUUGAUUUAUCAGACGUAUUUGAUUUUUCCCUUGUUUUGCUAUUGCUUUUGUCAGCCCAUUGAUUAAUUGGACACAAGUUAGGAUUUCAAACUACAUUGUGAGGACGUGUGAAAUCAAAUAAGUGGAGCGACCAACAACAUCCUAGCUGGUUCAAGAUUAAUGGAGGUGAAGAAAGGUUAUACUAAACUAGAAGAUGAGGAAUGUGAGAUAGUUCAAAAGUUGUCAUCCGAUGCAGUCUACGAGAUACUAAUCAGAGCAUCAUUCAGUACACUUCUACGUCAAUCUCGAUGGGUUUGCAAAGACUGGCAAAAACUCAUUCGCUCCGAUUCCAAAUUUCAACAAACCCAUUCUCAGAGAACACUUGCAUCGGGUCAUUUCUUUCAAGUUAACUCGACUACAGGACGGAACUCUGUAAGCUUUUACCGAAGCAACAAUGACUUUGAGAAGUACUGCAAUUCUGCGCAAGAAGUGCAAUCUCCUUUUCUUGAUUUCCUGCCCACUGCAAAAAGUGUUACCAUUGCAGGUUCAACGCUUCAUGGUUCAUUGCUUUGUUGUUUCACUGAAUCCUUCAGUACCCCCAUCCCAUCCUUCUACAUGUGUAAGCCAGCGAGCCGUGAAUGGAGAAAGAUGCCAAACCCUAAAACUACAUUCAAGUACUCCAGAAUUGGGAUUGCAGUCAAGCAGUCCUCAUGUUCAAUACUACAUUACAAGAUACUACGUUUAUCGCAGUCAAAAACUGGAUAUGGUUAUCACUGUCAGUUGUUCAACUCGGAGACCUGGGCUUGGAAGAUACUGCCAUUUGUUCAAUUUAUUAAGCUUGAUUGCACUUUACUAAUUGGGGGAGAUGGUAUUUGGAUUAAUGGGGGAUUACAUUGGUUAACUCUUUUUGACGAAGUAUUCGUAUUUAACACUGAUCAAGAAAAAUGGACGACUUUCGAGGUUCCACCGGAGAUGAAAAAUAUAUCAAGCUCAAAUAGAGUUGCUGUAAACUGUGAUGGUAAGCUCGGAAUUAUCUAUCAGACACUUGAAUGGAUGGAAGUUUGGAUAUUAGAAAACUAUUCCACCACGAAACCAACAUGGAAAAAGAAGUAUAGCAUCGACAUGAGAUCACUUCAACAAAACGUGGAACAUGUUUAUUAUGCACAUCAUAUGUGGUCGAACAAUACCGUCAUGAUGAUGAGCAUGUGUGAGUUUUUAGCUUUUAACUGCGACAAGAAUACUUACUACACUACAACGAAAUUACCUAUGACGGCAGAUAUAUCAAGUUUAGCACCUUACCCAUUUCAACCUCAGUUUUGUUACCUUUAGUUCAGGUCUCAUAGGUGAUUUUUCUUGCAAUUUGUUUAUGUCAUCGUUUGCACAUAGGAUUUUAUUUGUUGGACGAUUAACUGCUCAGGGAAUCGCCAGACUAUGUUUUCAGUUUCUGAUAACAUUGAAUCUGGAAACGCAUUGGUUACUCUUACAGUGAAAUUCCACUUGUAAGAAUUCUUCUUUC